GGGGCUCCGUAGGUCCGAGUGGGCGGGGACACGAGGGGUGUGUGAGGGGCGGAUACUCAGAAUGGGCAGGGCCCGAGCUUGCCCCACCCAGGGUGUCUUGCGCAAGGGUUUUGUAGAAAGCCUAGCAAGUUUAACAAACCACCCUGCCUGAAGCGAGGAUGGUGGUCUCUGCGCUCCACCUGCGGCGUGCCAGCCGGCUGCUGACAAGAAACUUCCCAACUUGCUUGUCUUCUUGGAGAAUUCCUCCUCAUGUCCUCAAAUCCUCACAACCAGAAGCUCUACUCGGUAUAACAAAUAAUGCGCUACCCCUUGCACCUCUGCAGACAUUUACGGAUGAGGAAAUUAUGAUGAAGGAGGCAGUCAAAAAAUUUGCACAGGAACAAAUUGCUCCUUUGGUUUCAACUAUGGAUGAAAAUUCAAAAAUGGAAAAAUCAGUGAUACAAGGAUUAUUUCAACAAGGGCUGAUGGGUAUUGAAGUUGAAGCAAAAUAUGGAGGAACAGAAGCUUCCUUUUUCUGCAAUGUCCAAGUGAUAGAGGAACUCGCUAAGGUGGAUGCAUCAGUGGCUCUCGUGUGUGACAUCCAGAACACAAUAAUUAACAACUUGUUUAGAAAACAUGGUACAGAAGAACAAAAGGCCACCUAUUUGCCAAAGCUGGUUACAGAAAAAUUAGGGAGCUUUUGCCUCUCUGAAGCUGGAGCUGGUAGUGACCCUUUUGCUUUGAAAACACGAGCUGAUAAAAGUGGAAAUUACUACAUCAUCAAUGGGUCGAAGAUGUGGAUUAGCAAUGCAGAGCAUGCAGAGCUCUUUCUGGUGUUCGCAAACGUGGACCUCGCCUCUGGCUACAGAGGCAUCACCUGCUUUUUAGUAGACCGAGAUACAGAAGGUUUUCAGAUAGGGAAACAAGAAAACAAAAUGGGGAUCAGAGCUUCUUCCACCUGUCAGUUAACAUUUGAAAAUGUCAAGGUUCCAGAAACUAAUAUUUUGGGGGAAAUUGGGCAUGGUUAUAAGUAUGCCAUAGGAAGUCUUAACGAAGGGAGAAUCGGAAUCGCUGCACAGAUGCUAGGACUGGCCCAAGGAUGUUUUGACUACACUAUUCCAUAUAUUAAAGAAAGGAUGCAGUUUGGCAAACGAAUAUUUGAUUUUCAGGGGCUCCAACACCAAGUGGCUCAGGUGGCCACCCAGCUGGAAGCCACACGAUUGCUAACAUACAACGCUGCUAGACUCGUCGAAGCUGGAAGGCCAUUUAUAAAAGAAGCAUCUAUGGCCAAAUACUAUGCAGCAGAGGUUGCUGGGCUAACAACAAGUAGGUGCAUCGAGUGGAUGGGAGGGGUAGGCUACACCAAAGAUUACCCUGUGGAGAAAUUCUUCCGAGACGCAAAGAUCGGUACAAUAUAUGAAGGAACUUCCAACAUCCAGCUGAACACCAUUGCCAAGCACAUCGAUGCGGAGUACUGAUGUCUGUGCAAUGGCCUCUCUGGCAUCCUGGCAAAUCAUUUCCAACGGCUGUGCCUUACUGAGUAGAGUCUGCAGAGCAGUGCACUGUUUUAUUUGAAGCCCCUCGUCCUGGUCUCAGACCUGUUCCUGUCUCUUUCCAAUCUACUCUAAAACUGUUUCUAAGCUUCUGAACACAUUUAUUAUUUCUCGUCCUACUUUUAGAGUAUACUAAAGUUUCACUAUACCAGCAUUUAGGAAGAAGAAACCAUUUGAAGUAUUGGUAGCUGACAGAAAUAGUCACUUUAUAUUCCUACUAAAUCUUUAUACUGUGGUAUGAGCCAGAGGAACGUUUGUUACAGUUGGCAAUUUUUAUUCAAUACUUUAUAGAUUCAGUGGUAAGUUGCUAAACAAGGUAGAACCUGAUAAAAUUUAUUUGGAAAAAUCUAGAACUCUUAGUUCUAAAUAUCAAAGAAAUAAUAGAAAAUAAAAAUGUAGCUUGUAGGCCAUAUAAUUGACAACAAUAAAAAGUCCCAAGUAUUAUUUUAACCAACAAAAGCAGUGUGUUUGGCUGCUAAAACUGAACUAUAUGAAAGGUGUACUGUGUGGCUCUUAGCAGCGCAUUUAAAAAACAUGUCCCUGUAUUAGUUUUCAACUAUAAAGUUUAAAUAGUUUGGCCUGAUCAUCUGAAAAUAAUUUAUUAGAUCAUGUACUAUUUUUCAGUAGUAUGAUUUACUUCUGUAUUUUAAUUGAGUAUUUUUCCCUCAAACUUGGUUAUUGGACUUUAUCAUAAAUAGUAAUUAAUUGAGAAAUUCAAUUUUGGUUUUCAAAAUUGAUUCUUAAGAGAAAUAUACCCCCGUAAGGAAAUAAUAUCACAAUCUCAUAAGGAAUGGGGAACGGAGACUAGAUAGUCUCUGAAAAGACACAUUCAGUAUAAAUAUAUGUAGUCAUUUAUAUAGUAUAUUAAAUAAUUUUAUAUUUGUGAAGACAGAGAUCUAUGUUUUACAAUGUAAAUGAAAAACAGGCAAAGCCUAAUCAGAUAUCCAGCUGGUGAAGCCAUUGAUCAGUGUUAGGAAUUUACAGUCAGGAGAAGAUCCUCUAGUUGCAGAUCCUGAGUCCUCUAGAGAGAGAAGUAGACAGUAGACAAACGAGUUUCAUAUUUCCAGAGGAAACAUCACAAGUCAGAUGUAAAAAGUGCCCCAAGGCUCACGCAGUUGCUGAAAAUAAUCAUUACUUCUAGAUAGAAAGUAUUUUAGUGCUUUUGCAAAAGGAUAAUGUUUAUUACGAAAACCUGACAUUUUCUAGGUAAUUUUGCUUUUCACAGUCAUGUUUAUUGAGCUAAAUUAAUUUCCACAAUGCAAAUCAUAGUUAAAUAUGCAAGGUUGUGUAAAUACAGUUGAGAUAGGAAUUACAUUAAAACAGUAGGAAGAAAUAGAACAAAUUUAGACCUUGAAUCCAAAGAGAUAAAGUCUACUUGACUUUCAAAUGGGGGAAAUGAUGAAAGCCCCUCACCCAGCCUUUCAGAACAGACAGAUGAGUGUGAUAAGAAAGGAAGGGGUGGAUGCAGUGCCCUGAGGGGCCAGACAUCUUCCACUUCUGUGACAGUGUGAAGGAGGUGGACUUACAGACGAUGCAGUGGGAGUCAGUGUGAGCAAACAGAGUCCUGCCCUUCUCCUCUCUAGUUAGAAACCCAGGAAAGGGUGAUAAGUGCCAUGUUCUAACUCAGCAUCAGUAGAUGCUGAUUACCUAUUUGGACUUGAAAUGUGCCCAUAUCGUUGUAAUUCUGUGUGUGUAUUUUGCACAUAUUCACAAAGGAUGGUUAACAUGCAUUGGUUACUGGAAAUUUAAACCCAGAAAGACUAGACAACCAUAAAGGCAACUCUGUGUAUUUAAAAUGAAAGACUCUUAACCCAGGCUGCUUUCUCAGAUCAUCCAUCCAAGGACAAAGACAACAGUUCAGCCCGACUGGCUCAGAUCAGUGUUCUUCCCAUUACCAAACACAGCUGUUGCUCAACAGAGCUUGGAUUUUGUCCUUGGAUUAUUUUGUUGUUGAUUUAUUUCAAGUUUAACUGAUAAAAAAUAAACCUCACACUAAUGUGAUUGAUCAAUCACUUGCUAAAGGCUUUUAGGCCAUAGCCUGGAUGGCAAGUCUGAAGACGGCUAUGUGAGAUCAUUUUUGCAUCACUGUUACACUGUUUUUAAAGAAACACUCUGCAGGGUAUUUUUGCUGAUCUUUCAUAAAGUAAAAGUCCCAUUUUAACAGUAUGUAUGAGAUUUUGUUCAUUGUUACAAAAUCAGUGUUCUAUGGGGAAUGAAAAGAUAAAGCAUGAAAUUAACUGGAGAUUCUUGCUGCUAGAACAAAGCACAGUUGUCACAUAUAGAUGAGGAGUGAAUGUAGUCUGAAAGCCGGGGAAAAGUGGACAACACCUUUGUCCACCUUGCCAAUAGCUCUUUACUCAGGUAAGCCAGUUUCAUUCAUUUUCAGAGACUAGGCCUUGUAAUAUAGACCAAGUUUAAAUUCACAAUGCUAAAGAUGUCUCCUCUCCCACCCCUGGAGGACUCUAUUUGUUCCUCGCAAUGUGGGCAGCUCUCUAGUAGAGAGGCCACUGCUUUUGAGCAUAUCCUCCCAGCAGAUAUUAUCCUGCAGAUGUGUGUGCUUAUGUGCUGAAAGAAUUACUUUAGUGUAAAUGUGUACUGUCACACUUUUAAAUUCAGUGAUACACCGCAGUACAGGGCCAUAGGAUAUCCCAGCUUAUAUGUUCCAGAUUCCUACAUCAGUUUAAAAAUCUAGACAUCAGUAAAAAUGUUUUCACUCAGCAA